CUCCCCUCCCGCCUCCCACACGCACACCCGCCACAGGGCAGAGAUCCCUCCACCCAGCCUCGCCGUCUCCUCUCCUCCACACGCGCACCGGCCGCGAGGGAGCGAAGAGCUUGUGCCUCCACUUCCAUGGCCAGCGCCUCCUCGUGUGCUCUUCGAAGCUUCAGAAUAUCUCGCUUGCCAGUAGCUGUCCUGGUUUGAAGGGCGGGCGUUGCGUUUAUUUCUCGGAGGGCAGAGACAGAGGAGAGGGAGAGGGAGAUGAUGGUGGGAAAGAGGGAGAGGGACUGCAAGAACCCGAUGCGGCGGACCACGAGCAUGACGGAGUUCGCGCCGCCGGAGGCGCUGACGGCGGUGGCGGAGGACGAGGAGGCCCAGCUGCCCGACAACAGCGGAGGCCAGGACUGGCUGUCCGCGUUCGGCUCCGGCGUCGGCGGCGCCGCGGCGCAGGAGGACUGGCUGGCGGCGUACCGCGCGCGCGCGGCGCCGGCGCGGGCGGGCCUGCGCCGGAACUCCGCCGACUACUCGGUCGUCGAGACCGCCGCCUUCCUGCGCGCCUGCGGGCUCUGCCGCCGCCGCCUCGGCCCCGGCCGCGACACCUUCAUGUACAAGGGCGAGGCGGCGUUCUGCAGCCUCGAGUGCCGGGAGCGGCACAUCACGCAGGAGGAGUGGAAGGACAAGUGCGCGGUGAAGCCCGUCAAUAACAAGGACGCGGCGGCGGGGGCGGCGCCGGUCACCGGCCGCCGCGCCGGCUCCGGCAAGCCCGGCGCCGGCGGCACGGUGGCCGCGGCAUGACGAGGCGCGAGCGAACGUACGCACCACCCACCGACGCAGGCCAGCUGCACCUGCCUAGCUACUCCACCUUCCGGCUUCCUCAACUAGCCAGCAGCCGCGCGCAGGCUUAUGGAUCGAUCACUCAUCAGCAACAUCUCCUAUACUAGUUAUCACCAGAUCGCUUAAUCGAUUAGACACCGGCCAUUAUUAGCUUGAUCCGAUCAUCGACAGACGAUCCAUUGGUCCGUGUAAUAUGUUUCAUAAAAAAAAAGAAAUUCUUCCAGCUCGCUAUGCUACCAUAGAUGCUGGUGUAUGCUGUCAGUGUACUGAUCGAGCAGCAUGUAAGCACACCCUGUAGAAAUGGGGACAGAAAGUGGGGGAGAGAAGUGGCCGAUGCACUGCCAUUGUUUGGGAUCGAUCGAUCGAUCUUGUCACGCCACAUAAUCAAACAUGUUAUUUACGAGGACAAGACACUACACGAGUU